AGCCAGAGUUAAAGUAAAAACAAAAGCGAAUUGUGGCUCGCGCAGCGUAGGAGGGUAGGAAGGAAGGAAGGUUCCCCAUGUAUCUGUCACGCACUCUUUCCUCAAUUUUUCCAACUACAUAAGCCACUCCACCUGUUCUUUUUUCUCACGUCCUAUCACUCUCACACUUGUGUUACAAACAAAAACCCUUCUUCAAAACCUUUUCUCUAAAAUUUCUCACAACCCAUUUCUACUCUCUACUCAUUCCACACCCAACUCACAAAAAACCCAUUCUUUCUUUUGCUCACUCAUUUUCUUAAUCAUGUGUGGCGGUGCCAUCAUAGCCGACUUCAUUCCCCGCCGUGGAGGCCGCCGCCUCACGGCCUCCGAGCUCUGGCCUAACUCCUUCGGCAAAGACGGUGACUUUGACUUCGAUUACUCCCACAUCGCCGAUCAACAACGUUCCACUCUCAAAAUGUCCCCACCUCCCAAAGCUAGCGAGCAAGUGGAGAAUAAGCCGGUGAAGAGGCAGAGGAAGAAUCUCUACAGAGGGAUUCGGCAACGUCCGUGGGGAAAAUGGGCCGCGGAGAUUCGCGAUCCAAGAAAAGGGGUUCGUGUCUGGUUGGGCACCUUCAACACUGCAGAAGAAGCCGCAAGAGCCUAUGAUCGUGAAGCUCGAAAAAUCCGCGGCAAAAAGGCCAAGGUGAAUUUCCCCAACGAGGACGACGAAUAUUCCAUUCAAGCACGUCAUCCGAUUCCACCCCUUCCUUUCACACCACAAACACAAAACCCUCCCCUGUACCAGCAACAGUACCGUUGCGAUCUCAACAUUGCCCCUAAAAAUCUCAACUUUGAGUUCGGGUACGACCUGAACCACGCGGGGGCAUUUCCGUCCCACGUGGACGCCGUCAACGCUGACUCGGUGGUUGUCUCCGGCGAUGAAAAUUCAGGGUUAGCGUCGGGUUCAGAGGGUGCUUAUUCGACAACGGAGUUUAUGGGAUCCAGUCAAAACGGGAACGGGUAUCUGGGUGUUACCGCAAUGGAGAAGAAUGAGAAAGAGACAGAGGUUAUUGAAGCUCAAGAAGAAAAGAACAAAGUGCAGGAGCUUUCUGAGGAGCUGAUGGCGUACGAGAAUUACAUGAAGUUUUAUCAGAUUCCGUACUAUGAUGGACAAUCCACGGCUCCACCGAAUAAUGUUCAGGAAAGCUUGGUCGGGGAUCUCUGGAGUUUUGAUUAACGAGGAAUAUAUCAAAGGAUGUUCUUUUCAUGCAUGUGUUUGUUUCUUCGUCAAUGCUGUGAAAGCUUCUGCUGACUAACAUCUUUGCGUUUUAGCAGGGAUGGACAAAAAUGUAAAUUGGGUGCUUCGGUAGAAAUGGUCUCAUGAUUUUCCGACUUUUUUUUUUACCAAUUUAUUUAAUAUUAAUUUAUUUGUUUCUAGAACUUAGGGCUAUCAUCUGGUUUUGUUGAAUUGUAAUUUUUCUUUUGGUGGUAUGUCGAACUGUAAUUUUACUAGAUAUAUUCAACCGUGUUUGAAUUCCAA